AUGACCGCAAACAAAUGUGGCCGUCCGCCGAAAAAGGCUCGAAAGCGGAACAUUACUGGUUUACGGAAUCAAAAGGCAACCAGUAACACGGGCAAUGAGACCUGUGAAGUGGUUCUAGAAGGCAGAGAAGAUGUUGUUGAGCCACCAGAGCCGUUUGACACCCAUGAGGACUAUGGCUCAGACUGGACUCCCCAGGCAGAACGGGUCGGACUGAAGCCCUCCAUAUUGGACGAAGAUGAUCUUGAAGUAUGGGAUCAUGAUUGGGUGGAGUCAGAAGAGGUGUGCCGGUCCAUGGCUGCACUGGCCGGGAGCUUGGGGAAACUGAUGCGAGGUGAUGACGAAUGGCUGCCGCCGAGAGAACAGGCUGCAAAAGCGAAGAAGAAACCGAGGCCAAAAACUUACGCUAUCGGCCCAGUUGUGGCAAAUAAGUCUAAACGGUCGCAGUAUCGGCACAGACAUCGGAUGCAGGGCCAAAAACUAUUGUCGAACAUGGGUUUCGAACACAUUUGCAUCCAGCAGGUCGAGGGGACAGUACCUGAGGUUGCAAGAGUUUGCCGCCACUCUGAGUCCCCAUCUGAAGACGAGGAUGAAGCAGAUGGUGGUGCAGAAACCGAGGAGUCGGGCGUGGAAGGGGAAAGUGACAGCGGCAGCAAGACUGGGUCACAUGGUAGGAGAGAGCGCGGGAUGCAGCUUGAUGAUGAGAAUGCGAUGUGGAUCGCGGGAGAUGCGGAGCCAAACGAGCAGGUGGUUGAUGAAAUCCGGGGUCGGGAUGAUCUGCUGAAACAGAUCGAGGUUGAUCUGGCGAAGGCGUCGACAACCCGCAGCCUGAGAGAUAACGAAGAGCCAGCACCUAUAGUUCCGAGAGUUCGCCGCCGCUCUGAGUUGCCAUCUGAAGACGAGGAUGGGGCGGAUGGUGAUGCAGAAAUCGAGGAGCCGGGCAUGGAUGAGGAAAGUGAUAGCAACAGCGAGACUGGGUCACAUGAGAGAGAGUGCGGGAUGCGGCUUGAUGAUGAAGAUGCGAUGUGGAUUGUGGGAGGUGUGGAGCCAAACGAGCAGGCGGUUGACGAAAUCCGGAGUUGGGACGAUCUGCUGAAACAGAUCGAGGUUGAUCUGGCAAAGGCGUCAAAAGCUGGUGCAACACUCACCUCGAUCAAUCAGCUUAUGAUCCUUCGCAGCUUUGCGAUUUUGCGGGGCAAGGGUCUUGGUCGGAUGGAUGCAAGUCAGCAGAUUGCGUUGCAAUUGACAAAGUCGGAUGGGAUACAUGUGGCGCGGCGACUAUACGAGCAGUUGCCAAUCGAGAGGCGAGGAGGAGAUCGAGGACGGUCUCUGCUCAACGAUGAGCGGGUGCAAGCAGCAUGCCGAAUGUGGUUAUCAUCCCUGGAGUCUGGAGAGGUCACCCCAAAGCGAUUCCGGCGUGCACUCAACAAAACAAUCUUCAUGACCCUAUGCAUUGUCUUGAGAAAGCCAAUCUGUCUACGGACUGCGAGGCGCUGGCUGGUGAAGCUUGGAUGGCGGCAAACACGGAUGAAGAAAGGAAUCUAUAUGGAUGGCCACGAACAUUCAGACGUUGUUGCCUACCAGCAAGAUAUCUUCUUGCCACAGAUGGCUCACUACGAGAAGUCUAUGGUGCAGUUUGUUGGGCCAGAGCUGCGGCGUGUUGAGCCAAACCUUGGACCUGGCGAGAAGCGUAUUAUCGCCGUAUUCCAGGAUGAAAGCUGCAUCCAUGCCGGCGAAUACAAGAGUUCAGUCUGGCUACGUGUUGAUAUUGGAGAGCAAAAGCUGAUGAAGAAAAGCAAAGGUCGGAUCAUACAUGUGUCAGAUUUCAUUGAGGAGGAAAACGGCAGGCUGGUCGUGUUGGAUGAUAACGGAAAGGUCGUGCGUGAUGCUCGGUGCAUAAUUUACCCUGGAAGCAAGGGAAGCGCAUGGUGGGACCACGAGCAGCUCCUUGCACAGAUGGACAAUGCUAUCGACAUAUUUGAAGAGGCUCAUCCAGGUUGCCAGGCACUGUUCAUCUUCGAUCAGUCUUCGGCACACGCUUCACUUGGUCCAGAUGCACUCCGGGCAUUCGAUAUGAACAAGUCCAACGGCGGAAAGCAGCGCCAACAACAUGACACAGUGAUCCCAAUGAACAACCCUGCGGUUCAAUAUCGGGGCAAACCCCAGAAGAUGACUAUGGACGAUGGUCGGCCAAAGGGCCUUGAGCAAGUCCUGGCGGAGCGAGGAUUUGACGUGAAAGGUAUGCAGGCCAAGUGUUCUCCCGUUUGUCCCUGGGAGAACGAGCAAUGCUGCAUGGCUCGACUGCUGAGUAAACAGGAUGACUUCCGCAACCAAGUGUCCUUGUUGGAGAAGAAGAUCACAGAGCGCGGCCACUUGUGCAUGUUCCUGCCAAAGUUCCACUGUGAGCUGAACCCAAUUGAAAUGUAUUGGGGAUGGGCCAAGUACCGCUAUCGCAAAGUCUACAAGGAUAAAUUUGAGGCUGCGAAGCGGCAUGCACAAGAGUGCCUUGACGCUUGCCCUGUUGAUGUGAUACGCCGCUUUUUCAACAGAUCAUGGUGGUUUAUGAGUGCGUAUCGCAAGGGUUUGACGGGAAAAGCGGCGGAAUGGGCGGUUCGCAAACAGAAAAGCCAUCGAGCUGUUUCCGAGCGUGCCAUGAUGUCGAUAGAUGCAGUUCUCGGCCCUCCGGCACUAUGA